CUCGCAGCCCGAUCUUCUCCCACCUCAUCAUCUCUCUGAAGGGGCUGUGGACGAUCCGAGCGUUCGGGCGUCAGACGUACUUCGAGACGCUCUUCCACAAAGCGCUGAACACUCACACGGCCGCCUGGUUCCACUAUCUCUCCACGCUGCGCUGGUUCCUCUUCCGCUGCGACAUGAUCUUCGUCCUCUUCUUCAGCGCCGCCGCCUUCAUCGCCGUGGGAACCAACAAGGAUAAACCAGGGGAGGUUGGCAUCAUCGUGGCCCUCGCUAUGCUCAUCCUGGGGACUUUCCAAUGGGCCGUCAUCACCAGCAUCACUGUGGAUGGACUGAUGCGUUCUGUGGACCGGGUGUUCAGGUUCAUCGACCUGCCGCCAGAGGAGCCCAUGCCGGGGAAGUCUGGAGGUAAAGGAGGCCCCGACCUGGUCAUCAAUAACCCUCACGCUGAGGACUGCUGGCCCAGCCGCGGACAGAUGGAAGUCCAGGGCCUGACGGUGAAAUACACGGAGGCCGGGCGCUCGGUCCUCAGCGACAUCUCCUUCUCUGUGGAGGGGGGGCAGAGCGUGAGUCCUGAGGGAACUUUACAGGUGCUGAGGAAGACGCUGAAGCACUCGUUCUCCGGCUGCACCGUCAUCCUGUCCGAACACAGAGUGGAGCCGCUGCUCGAGUGUCAAACAUUCCUG